AUGGACUCUGAGCUCCUCCGCGCAUGGCAACUUCUGCAUGAUCUGAGCGAGCAGAACGCUCAAAACCACAAGCUAGCACUCGGGUUGCGACAACAGACCGGCACCCUCAAGGAUGAAGCCGCGCAUUCUGUCAGUGGGUUCUCCUUGAGGAGAUUCAACACCGAUAUAUCCAAGGAGACGUUUGAGUCUGAGUUGGAGCGCGCGAAUGCGCAAAUCAUCAUAGAGAACCAUACGCUCCUCCACGAGAACAGGCAACUCAGUCUUCUGCUCAAGGAGUAUGAGCAGACGAUGGAGACUAUCAUGUCGAAAUUUCGCAGCCAUGCGCUCGCAGCACAGCGACAUGAGCUCACUCUCACACAGCAUUAUGAGGGACUCAUUAUCGCUCGCGAGACCUCGCUCAUGCAAGCCGACCUAUCAAAUAACACCACCGUCUCCGAAUCCCUACAACGCCUCUCAGAAAACCUUCGCUUACUGCUCCGAAGCCUCAGCGGCGAGGAUCCCGAAUCCGCCGACGCUCGCCAAGGCGAUCAAAACAGCACAGAGUCAGAUAGCAACGAGUCGCGCCAUACACCCUUUGAUGACGAGCUGCUCGACGGCCUGCUCAGUCGCGAUGACUGGGCACUAGAGCGCGAGAGCGAGAUUGAGCGGCUAGAAAAGGAGAACGAGGAAUUGCGCAAAGCCCUGGGGAUCGAUCGCGCAUCUGCAGAGGCCAACGGCUGGCUGCAAGACGAGGCCCGCGAGCUCGCGACCUUGAACAAACGCUAUUCGCCCAUGCCCAGAGAAGGGAGCCCGGGUCCCAGCCUGUUCAGCGGGCCACGGUCGCCGGGAGGCGUUUUCGAUUCGCUUCCGCUGAGUGGGGGAGCGAGUGGACUGAACGGCAGUAUGAUGUCCUCGGGGAACCUAUUGCAAAGGGCGUCGGAAUUCCAGCAGCCGGGUAUGCGUGGAACGCAGGGCCGUCGGACAUCAAUGUUUGGACAGCGGGGACGUGGUGGAGGACCACAGCUCUGGGAGGGUUUGGGUCAUCAAGCACUUUCUGAUAGAACAUGGCAGGCCCCGAGUGGUUUAGAUUUGAGUCGGUGA